AUGGGCUUUACGAGUCGACGCCCUAUCCUACCUGCGCCGACCGACUCAUUGUUGGGUUCGACCGACGACGCUGGAAUCAAUUCCGACGUGGGCACUGAUCUCUCUCGAAGGAGUGACAAGACAUCUGAGACGAUACCGGAAGACGGAAGGCCCAUCACCAUCACUACUUCACACAAGCGUAACACGCUAGGUAAACUGGGCAAAUCCAGCCAACAGUCGCAGACAUCUCUCCUGAUCGAGUACUUUGAGGGAAGCAAGGGAACUGAUCCUGGUCAGAGGCGACCAAGUCUGAGGGUUCGUGUCACCCCGUCCAAAUCGCAUAAGAACAAGGACAAGGGCGAAGGACAUAUCUUGGUUACGGAAUCCAAAUCAACGCGGCGACCGUCCCAUACACACGUCAUCCCCAUCGGAGGAAACGAGACGCUUGAGCCGAACGAGAUCGAUAGCAAUAUCAGCUCUUUGGGGUCUGCAGAGCGCCUCGCUUUUGCUUCGGCGGCCCCUGUCGAGAUUGAGGUCUUACGCAACAACGCCAGUGACUUGUCCGGGCAAAGCGUAUCCCCUGAGCUCAAGCCUAUCAUCCCAGAGUCCGAUAUCUCUUCCAUGCCAGCGGAGAGUUCUCUGGGUCUCGAUCAACCUACCACCAUGUCGCAAUCUGUUCCAAGGGGGAGCUACGCAUCCUCUGAAAAUGCGACAUUGAAGCCUCCUGUUGUCAACGCUGAGCGGAACUUGAGCAAUGAGCGAAUUACGCAGAAGGUCAUCGAGAAACUUAGCAACAAGCCUCGAACUUCGGCCGGUGGAAGGCGUUCCAGCGGGCAUCGGACCACCGUCCAUACAGAGUCAGAGGGCCCGAAAAUUGAAUCACGAACCCGCGUUACCAAGACUGUUGAUGAUGAUUCAACCCCCAGUGCCACGAACUCCAGCCUACUCAGCGCUUCUCACUUGUCUGCGGAACCCCGGCCGGCCGAUGACCGGUCAAUACGCUCGGGAGCAUCCAAUGUGUCUAUCACAAACAACCCCAAAUUGUUACAGACUGUCGAAGAUGCCAUUCGGCGUCUGAUCCUCCCUGAACUCAACGAAAUAAGACGAGAUCAGAAGCACUCACAUCGUGUUCGACAUGACAAACCGAGUAACCCUUCCGACAUUUCGUCCAGUACCGUUUCCCGAGAGGAGCAAACACGGCGCAAGUCGUCAGGCAGCAAGUCAAAGCGUCGUGUAAGCCAAGAAUCUGGCUCUUCUCGACACCACCAUAGACGUCACAAAACAGCGGACUACGACUCGGCAUCAGAACAGAGCUACGAACAAUCCGAAAGUAGCAGCCUUCGCAAGGAGAAGAGAUCCCACAGACAUUCGAAGAGCAAUCGUGCCAGGGAUGUGGCUGCUGGAGCACUCGGCGGCGCAGCUCUUACAGCUGCGGCUCUGAAGUCGCACGAGUCAAAUUCAAGCCUUGACUAUCCUGAACAGCGCAGACGGAGAAGAAGCAGCAAGAGCCGCAGCAGUCAUAGCACCAGUAUCGUGGAGAGAGACGAUUCCUUUUCUAAGCACAGAGUGCCUCCCAUGCCAUUUAUCAGCGAAAUUGGUACGGACCUCACGCGAAGCUCACUGCAGUCCUCCAACGAUGGCGGUGCAAUGACUCCCACUCAGCACGAAGUACGAGAAGUGGUACGGGGGUCUCCCCUUGAGCUACCGCUUUCGGGAUCUCAUACCCCUACAAGAAGCUCAUUUGACCUUAAGAGAGGACUAGGGACUCAUCAUGCCAAUUUUUCGGAGCACGACCUGUCGGCACAUGAUCUUACCAAAAACGCAUCUCCUCGUCCUGCAGGCGGCGAUGAGGCGGCUGAGGAUGAUAUCGAUUUUGCUACACAUGGGUUCGCCGCCUUGACCGACCCUGAACGAGCUCGACAGUACGAGAGAAAUUUGCAUCAACAACACCCAAUUCGACGCGGUCUCAGUCCAAUCCAGAGUGUGGCCAGUUACACUACAACAGAGCCCAAUCGCAACUCUAUUAUGCAACAACGCAGCUUGGACUCGAUUGGGUCGUCUAAAAAGCUACCUCAGAUGGAUGACCAAGUUUCUAUUUCUACCCUCUCAUCGGCACCGACCACCGAUUUAGCCCGCUCCAGAAGACCACAUGGCUUUAGUCUGGAGAAUCGCAGUGAGAUCAUGGGCCAGCACGGCGAUUCAGUCAAUAACACUCCCCAUCAGGGCAGCCCAGAAGCUGUCUUUGACGAGCAACACCUGGAGAACGAAAGCUAUCGCGAUGCCCCAUAUACCGAUCAAGUCACUGCAGGACAACAAGUUGCGAAAGGACGCGGAGCGAUCGCGGAGUUUGUUGAGGCACCGUUGGGCGUCGAAUCCGCCGUUGCAUCCCUCUGUGAGCCCUCCGUGGUGGACAUUCCAAACACGUCGUCUCGUAUGAGUCAGGGUGAUUCUUCAGGCAAUAGCGACGUCCGAAGUUCUCGCACCUCUCAACGUGAUUAUGAGUCGCGGUACAGCGGCAGUCCACUGAAACAACAGCUCUCGCAUGACAGUCGGCAGGAACAAAACUACUCAAAUGCCGUUGCAGCCAAGGCCUCUCCACCGGUUCGUUCUCCUCAGGUCACUGAACACGCCGAGGAUAGAUCAGCUCGUUCAGUCCGGUCCGCUCAGAAGACCGUAACGGGUGAGGUUGCUGAUGCUCAAGCGGAGCAUUCUCCUGAAUCCGAUAUCACCACAAACCCAUCUAUCAUACGAGGGCCGAUUGGCGGGCUCGCCCAAGGCAGCACCGACCAUUGGCCAUAUGAUCCGACACCGCCGCGCUCGCAGGCAGAGCUCAAACUUCCCCUUGUCAGCCGCGAUAUUGGGUCCGCGGGCACCGAUCUCGUCCCUGAAGCCCUGACCAUCAAUCGUGACCACGAAUUGGACCCAAACCGGGAUCCAUAUGUGAAACCACAAUCUCUGGCAACACCGCCUGGCGCGAAAGAUGAAGGUUAUGAGACAGGGGCCAAUGCUCGUUCUCCCGGCCUCUAUUCUCAAGGUCAAGCUGCGCACAAUGAUCGUUUCACGCCGGAAAUGCCACUGGACAAUCAUGGGCCUCAUGAAGACCCCUUCACCAAUCCGCGUGAGCAGUACAUAAGUGGUCUAUCGCACGGGCUGUCUCCCAUGUACGAUAGCGCGACAGGCCGAGGCCGCGAUCACAUCCAGUCGAAAGAUAUUGUGGCUCUCAUGGACCAUCUGACUGUCCGCGACGCCCAGCGGAACGCACGGGACACGGAGAUCUUGGUCACCUUGGUUCGUAGUGCUGCUGAAAUGCGCAACUCGUUUGAGGACAUGAAGAACUUUAUCGCCAAACAGGAUGAAGCGAUACUGGACGUGACGGAGAAGCAACACGAGAGGACACAGAAGGUGGUCGGCGGGCCUCGACCACAACCCGUACCAACUGCACGACCAGUGAAGUCUGCUAUUUCUGAAGAAGACCUGCCUACAAAGCGUCGCAACGUGUUUCAGAGAGCACUGCGUGGACUUGGAGCUAAGAACACGCAAGAGCUGCAGAAUAUCGAAGCCAUGUUAAUGCGACUUCUGGAUGAAGUCGAGGGUCUCCGUGUUCUGCAAGUCACAAGUGGUACACAGGAGCAACCUCGAUCCACCAGUUUGGCGUCUGCAGACAAUGCUCGUGCUCCCACGGACACGGGCUAUGAGCCUGAAGGCCAAGCUGGCACUUCUUCCACGGGUGACCGUUCAGGGUUUUUCUCGAACAAUUCUUCCCGCCAAGCUGACUACCGAAACUAUAAUAUCCGUCGAGAUUCUGGUAACCGGGUCAGCACGGUCAUGGAGGGGGAUGAAGAGUAUGAUGACUAUGGUGAAGACCUUGGGGCAGGAGCUCCAGGAAAUAUUCAGAGCCCCGGCCAUGCGGCAAUGGCGAAUACAUCCGACGGCAAGAGACAUGCUCGUGGCGGUUCUGUACCUCUUAACACUCCACCACGAAUGCAUGACCAGAACGUGGGAUCCCUCAGCAAUGAGAACACACCUCAUCUGUCUACAGGUGAGGGUUCUGGGCGGAAGCACAAGUCGUUCGCGUCGUCGUUGUUGCCCAAGAUGGUCUCGCGGUGGUCCAAGACGACCGCAUCGUCUGGGGACAACUACCGUAACAGCACACAGCGCAUUCGGCCCUAUUCAGACUCUAAUUUUGGCGAGUACGACUACGAGCAAAACCAGCGGAUGGACGAACGUGCCCAUUCAAGCGCGUCGUACCAUGAUGAAUACAAUGGCGGAGAGGACCGUCCACCGUCACCCCUAAUCCCCAGUCAAAUUUCCGACAAUCCCAAAUAUCAAGCUCAUCGAAAUAGCGUCAACCUCCAGCACCCUCAACCCAGACAAGGCCCAACUGGGCGGUUCCAGUCGCGGUUGGAGUCGGAAGCGCAAAACUACAACGAUCAGCUCUCCCCCACUUCGCAAAUCUCAUCUCAAUGGGAUAACAAUUCAGGGUUGCACAACCCAACCGCUGACGAAACGCAAUACGGGAGACAAUUCAGCCCGAUUUCGGAUAUGGGAUACUCCGACAGACAUGGGACACAUCUUGACAACAGGAGUAUCCGCUCUGGAAACUCUCAAGCCCCUCCUCGACCGCCCAAGAUUCUGAAUGAUGAGCCCUUGGUGCCUCAGCGCCCUCCCAAAGUCCUGAUGAGUCCUCCUCUAGGGCAGAGGCAGCCCACGUACGUCGACCAUGUGGCCGCUGCCAGGGCUGGGAGUCCUGCUUAUGACAAGUCUCCCGUUGCGGCGCUACGGUCGCCCCAGAGCCAGGCUCCGGGACGAAAGCCAUCCGGACCCAGACCCCUUGCGAGCGGCGGCGGUUCCAAAAGUGAUAUGAAUGCGGUCAAGAGGACUCGCUUUAGGGGCAGCCCGAAUCAAAUCGACAGCGAUGAUGAGGUUAUCAGCCCAUAUUGA